CACAACAAAAACCGUUUUCCCCAACUAAAAGCUCCUCACACCGAACCUAACCUCAUCAACACAUUUGUCGAAUCGUCACUCCAAAAGUAAAAAUUCACAUUUGCAAUGUUUAAGUUUACCGGCGCGGCGGCUCCGGCUGCGCCUAUGACGGCAUCACCUCCCAAUCCACUUAACCGGCCGGUGAUGUUCCCUUGUUCGUCAAGGCGAUCCCUUUCUCUGCCUCUCCGGAGCUCAAAACCCAUCAAACCUCUCGCAAUUAUCGAUCUCAAAGGGGGCAAAGGAAUGGGCGGGUUCCACGAGGUAGAGCUCAAAGUUCGUGAUUAUGAAUUGGAUCAGUUUGGCGUUGUCAACAAUGCUGUCUACGCUAACUACUGCCAACACGGCCGACACGAGUUUCUGGAGAGUAUCGGUAUCAACUGUGAUGAAGUCGCACGUUCUGGCCAAUCCUUAGCUAUUUCUGAGUUGACUAUAAAGUUUCUUGCACCUUUACGCAGCGGAGACAGGUUUGUGGUGAAAACGAGGGUAUCCGGGUCAUCUGCUGCGCGUAUUUACUUUGAUCAUUUCAUCUUCAAAUUUCCAAAUCUAGAGCAUGUCUUACAAGCAAAAGGAGUAGCUGUAUGGCUUGACAACAAGUACCGUCCUGUUCGUAUCCCUCCUCACAUCCGCUCUAAAUUUGUUCAGUUCCAACGCCAAGAAGACGCCGUCUGAUUUGUACCUCACUCAUAUGGAGUAGUAGAAUCGGAUACAGUUUAGACUUUCUUAUGCGCUUCUUGGAAUACAUUAAAAGCUUAAAACAUCAGAUAGAUGUAAAUUAUCGUGUUCUUCUCCU